GGGUCAGGCUCCGGACAGCAGGGGGUCGGCGCUGCGGGAGCCCGGGUUGCUCUGCGGGGACCCACGGGGGGGUCUGCCGAGAGCGGAGCGCGCUGUCUCCGCAGAGCUGCCCGCGACAGGUGCGAACUCGGGAUCCCCCGCGCUGUCCCAUCCUUGCCGUCGGGGCGCCGCCAGAUGCGCGUCCGCUGAGCGUGCGAGAUGGACGCGCGUCCCGGGCUCCUCUGGCUGCUUGGCCUGGCGCUGUGCGCCCUGGGCGGCGGCCACCUCCCGCGUCCCCCGCACGUCUUUCCCCAGCGUCGCCUGGGAGUCCACGAGCGCCGCCACAUGCAGCGCGAGAUCCUGGCGGUACUCGGGCUGCCGAGGCGGCCCCGGUCCCGAGUGCCACCCGCCGCUGCGAGGCAGCCAGCGUCCGCGCCCCUCUUCAUGCUGGACCUGUACCACGCCAUGGAGGAUGGCAGCGGCCGGUCCCCUCAGCCUCACCUGGACCGAGCUGACCUGGUCGUGAGCUUCGUCAACAUGGUGGAGCGUGACCGAGCCUUGGGCUACCAGGAGCCACACUGGAAGGAAUUCCGUUUUGACCUAAGCCAGAUCCCUGCCGGGGAGACUGUCACGGCUGCUGAGUUCCGGAUAUACAAAGAGCCCAGCCCCCACCUGCUCAACACAACCCUCCACGUCAGCAUGUUCGAGGUGGCCCAGGAGCACUCCAACAGGGAGUCUGACUUGUUCUUUUUGGAUCUUCAGACGCUCCGAUCUGGGGACGAGGGCUGGCUGGUGCUGGACAUCACGGCAGCCAGUGACCGCUGGUUGCUGAACCAUAACAAGGACCUGGGACUCCGCCUCUAUGUGGAAACCGAGGAAGGGCACAGCUUGGAUCCUGGCCUGGCUGGUCUGCUGGGACAGCAAGCACCACGCUCCAGACAGCCUUUCAUGGUUGGUUUCUUCAGGGCAAGUCUCAGCCCUGUGCGGGCCCCUCGGACAGUGAGGCCACUGAAGAGGAAGAGACAGCUAAAUAAAAUCAACCAGCUGCCACACCCCAACAAACUCCCAGGGAUCUUUGAUGAUGGCCACGGUUCCCGAGGCAGAGAGGUUUGCAGCAGGCAUGAGCUCUACGUCAGCUUCCGGGACCUGGGCUGGCUGAACUCCAUCAUUGCCCCCCAGGGCUACUCAGCCUAUUACUGCGAGGGGGAGUGCAUCUACCCACUGAACUCCUGCAUGAACUCCACCAACCAUGCUACCAUGCAGGCCCUGGUACACCUGAUGAAGCCAGAUGUCGUCCCCAAGGUGUGCUGUGUGCCCACGGAGCUGAGUGCCAUUUCAUUGCUCUACUAUGACAGAAACAAUAAUGUCAUCCUGCGCAGGGAACGCAAUAUGGUGGUCCAGGCCUGUGGCUGCCACUGAGUCAGGCCCCUCUCCCGAGGCAGGAAACCAACAGACCCUAUCAGGGCCAAGGCAGAAUGUAGGGUUUUCAACUCCUAGCUACGUUCUGCCCUCUUUCAAAGGCUUGGCUCUCUCCUGGCCCCUCUGUUCCCUUCCUCUGCCAAGAGCGGGAAGAUGGGCCUGGUUACAAUGCUGGCGACCUGAGUCCCCACGCAGCUGCCCUCUCCCAGGCGCAUCUAUUGAAUGCCCUUUGGGAUUGGCACAGAAGUCCAAUUUACCAAGCUAGACAUGAUGACCGGCCCACCCUGCCCUGCAUCUGGAGCUCUUCAGGGUCCAUCAGCGGGCUUUGGUGUGUGCAGACACGAUUAACCCUCCACUACUCCACAGCCUGUGUCUUGGAGGUGUAAAACGAGAUUUCUGGGUUAAAAAAAAAAAGAAAGAAAAAGCCAGGUGUAGUAAUGCACACUUGUAAUCUCAGCUCUUGGGAAGCUAAAGUAGGAUUACGGUGAGUUCAAGGCCAACCUGGGAUAUAUAUCAAGAUCUUCCUUCCAAAAACAAAAACAACAAAGAAACCAACCAAACAAAACCCUGGUGUAUUUAUGGAUCUGUCACUAAACCACCUGCCACAGACAGGUGCAGGAUGGCAGCUGAUAAAAAUUUGUUGUGGAUUUGACAUCUAGAUUCAGCCAUUGUCAUUAAAGGAAAUGACAGCA